AUGGCCGCAGCCGAAAGCGAUUCCUCAACGGCGCCUCCGGUCGUGCAGGACGUGCUGCAGAAAUUCGCCCAGUAUGGAUUUCGAUCCCCUUGGAUUGGCACGCUGGUGAUUUAUGCCUCGGAGGAGUUGUGCCUCGUCAAGGCGGGUUUUCGUGAUGAUGCCGCCGAUUUGAGCUUUGGUUCUCACCUCAUGACUGAGUCGGAAGCCAAGCAGGCCUACAAGGCCUUGGCCCUCAAGCUUCACCCGGACAAAUGUGGGUGCAGUGAGGCCUUCCUGCGGAUGAAAGCUGCUUACGACCAGCGAAACGACAAGAAGGAUGAGCAGAGGAAACGGAAGGGACGGCCUCGCAACGAGGCGAAGCGACUGGCGCAAACCGCAAAAGCCGCUCGCUCUGCGCAGCGCGCAGAAGCGAAGCGGCUGCGCGAAACUUUGUCGACGCGGAAAAAGCCGUGGCCAGGAACGUGGACCAUCAGCAAAUAUGGCCAGAUCCUGUUGUGGGCGGUGAAAUUCUUUGCUCUCCGCCUAGAUUUCCAGCGACGUCGCAAUGAAAGAGCGGAACCUGCCGUCCGCAAGCUGUCGAAUACCAAUUUCGAAGACGGUCAAGGAAGCGGCAUCCGGAGACGGUCAAGAUCCGCGUCUGUCGGUGAGAUGUCACUAACAAGAGGCAUUACUUGGAGAAUUAAGGAGAGCGAGAUCAAAGCCGUGGAAGAUAGGAAGAGUCCGAAGCUGGUGCGGCCCUUCAUGUUUAAAGGCGCGGCUGAGCUCCUGCGAGACGACCUGGGUGGGAACUGGGAGAUUUAUCCUCAAGGGCUCUCGGAUGGCCUGCUGAAAAGCCUGGCAUUUGACAUGGCUCGAGCGCCGAAAAAGCCUUCCAAGAGCAAGCCGAAGAGAAAGCCGCUGACGUGCACGAAGCCCCUCGAGGCCUUGCCCAUGCGCACGGAGCAGCGUGCAGCUGCUAGGGAGGCGGCGCAGGCCGAAGCGGAUGAGCUGGAGGCCAAACUGAAGGCUCGUGCGUCUGUGGCCCACCUUGAGCAUCCGAUGCUCGAAAGCUUGCUUCCGCUGCCUAACGUACCGAUGCAUCCCCGCCAGCCCACACAGCCGAAACCGCCCCCGGGCCCACCACCCGGGCGCACGCGGCCGGGUUUGAUCCUCUACAAGGACCAGGAGGACUGCUCUUGGGCGGAUGCCACCAGCUUCUACCACGAAGGCUCGCGCAGGCAUGGCCGGUCCAGUGAAGGUUGGCGAAAUAUGUAA